GAAUAAUAACUAGUAAUCAAAGUCCAAAACAAAUCAACUUUCGAUUACCUUUUUCUUAACCUCAAAUCGAUCUCUGAAUCUAUACAAAAAAAACUAACCAAAAUCUAUCUCCAUUUCAAUUUCGCACUGAACCCAAAAAAACCAGAGUCCCUUUCUCAGAAAAGAGAUGGCAAUGAACCAUGCGGCAGCGGUGAAGGUGGGGUUAGGUUUACUAGGUCUAUGUUUAUUCGGCUACAUAGUUGGUCCACCACUAUACUGGCAUCUCAUGGAAGGCUUGGCUGCCGUCAGCCGUACUUCCAACACUUGCCCCCCGUGUCUUUGUGAUUGUUCUUCUCAGCCACUUCUCACACUCCCUGAAGGACUGAGCAAUGCUUCCUUUGCAGAUUGCGCAAAGCAUGACCCGGAAGUGACCGAGGAUACUGAGAAGAACUCUGCAGAACUUUUAAUGGAGGAACUGAAGCUAAGAGAAGCUGAAGCUUUGGAAAGUCAGCGACGGGCCGACAUGGCAUUACUUGAGGCUAAGAAGAUAGCAUCACAGUACCAAAAGGAAGCAGACAAGUGCAAUUCAGGUAUGGAAACAUGUGAAGAAGCAAGGGAGAAAGCCGAAGCAGCACUGGUAGCUCAGAAGAAAUUGACAGCAAUGUGGGAAACACGAGCUCGUCAAAAAGGGUGGAGAGAAGGGGUUGCCAAAUCUCAUACAGACUCGUAAGGUAACAUUCAAGCUGUCCAAAUGACCCGUCAUUGCCUCGUAAAAGAAUUUCAAACAAGAAUUCCAGAGUCAAUCCUAUAGGUAGUCUUAAGUAUAGUUACCCUUGUUUUCUACGGAGCCAAACAUCGUCAUCCAUUAAAAAGCCCAAACCUGUUCGUGUUCUCAGUGAGCUGUUGCUCUUGUAAGAUCAUUUUUAAUUCUUUCGGCACUCCUGUAAGACUCUUGAAAAUUAUUGUGAUUCUUCCUAUGGAGAAAAGAAAAGUUGAACUACAAAA